CGCCCGCCCGCUAUGUACGACUACGACCAGGGCACCGCCUUCCUGGGCGAGUGGGGCCCCUUCCAGCGCCUCGUCUUCUUCCUGCUCAGCGCCAGCAUCAUCCCCAACGGCUUCAACGGGCUCUCGGCCGUCUUCCUCAUCGACACCCCCGAGCACCGGUGCCGGGUGCCGGCCAGCGCCAACCUGAGCCGCGAGUGGCUCAACGCCAGCAUCCCGCUGGAGGAGCGCGGCAGGCGGCAGGUCCCGUCGCGCUGCCGCCGCUACAGCCUGGAGGCCCUGGCCAACUUCUCCGCCCGCAACCUGGUGCCCGGGCGGGACGUCAACCUCAGCCAGGUGGAGCAGGAGAAGUGCCUGGACGGCUGGGAGUACAGCCGAGAGCCCUACCUCUCCACCAUCGUCAGCGAGUGGGAUCUUGUGUGUGAAAACGACUGGAAAGCACCUCUAACUACCUCUUUGUUCUUUGUGGGCGUACUGAUUGGCUCCUUCGUAUCUGGACAACUCUCAGACAGGUUUGGAAGGAAAAAUGUGCUGUUUGUCACAAUGGGAGUCCAGACUGGCUUUAGCUUCCUCCAGAUCUUCUCAACAACCUGGGAGAUGUUUUCCAUCCUGUUUCUCAUAGUUGGAAUAGGGCAGAUCUCUAAUUAUGUGGCAGCGUUUGUACUUGGCACAGAAAUACUUGGCAAAUCAGUCCGUAUUAUCUACUGCACAUUAGGCGUUUGUAUAUUUUAUGCGUUUGGCUACAUGCUGCUGCCACUGUGCGCUUACUUCAUCAGAGACUGGCGGAUGCUGCUAGUGGCUCUCACUAUACCUGGCCUGCUCUACGUUCCACUGUGGUGGCUUAACAACCCUGGCUGUUCUGUUGAAGUUACGUUGAAACAUCACAGGUUCAUUCCAGAAUCGCCUCGAUGGCUGCUGUCCCAAGGCAAGAUUAAAGAAGCAGAAGACAUCAUUCGGAAAGCUGCAGAAAUGAACCAUGUUGCUGCUCCAGAUGUAAUAUUUGACCUCAUUGAGCUACAAGAUGUUAAUUCCCAGGACCAGCGGUCAUACAGCAUUCUGGACCUAGUGAGGACCCAGAAUAUCCGAUCGAUCACUAUCAUGUGUGUGAUUUUAUGGAUGGUCAUUUCCAUUGGCUACUUUGGCCUCUCUCUGGACACCCCUAACCUGCACGGAGACAUCUAUCUCAAUUGCUUCCUUUCGGCAAUCAUCGAAGUCCCAGCUUACACCAUCUCUUGGCUGCUCCUCCAUUAUCUUCCCCGGCGGUAUUCAAUGGCAGGAGUCUUGUUCUUAGGAGGAUGUGUCCUUCUCUUCAUUCAGUUGGUACCUGCAUACCUCACUGUGUUCUCCAUUACGCUGGUGAUGAUUGGAAAGUUUGGGAUCACAGCCUCGUUCUCAAUGGUUUAUGUCUACACUGCUGAGCUCUACCCAACGGUUGUGAGGAACAUGGGAGUUGGUGCCAGUUCAAUGGCCUCCAGAUUUGGCAGCAUCCUCUCGCCUUACUUUGUAUAUCUUGGUGCUUAUGAUAGAUUUCUUCCCUACAUUCUAAUGGGAAGCUUGACAGUGCUAGCAGGAAUUGUCACCCUGUUUCUUCCGGAAAGUUACGGCAUGCCUCUCCCAGAUACCAUUGAACAGAUGCUAAGAGUUAAAGGAAUUAAUUACAGAAACACAUCUAAAAGCAAAAAGACAUUAAAGGAUGAUGAAGAAAAUUCAGUGAUUAUAAAAGGCACGACUUUCUGAUCAAUCUGCAUACCCUGUUAUGAACUAAAUAGUACCUAGACAUAUCCUUCAAUUUACUUCCAGAAAGGACUAAUGGAAACACUUUUUCUAUAAUCAACUUAUUUAUUAAACGCACAUUCAUUUUUGUGAAUGUAGAUACUGUAUAUCCCACUGUGGGAUCUCUGCCAGUAAUUGUACGGGUUACAAGGAACAAUAUCCGAAAAGGUAGGGGCAGGGAAAGCCUGUUUCCCAUUAGGACUGUUGGCAAAUGUCCUUUUUGUAAGAUUAAAACAUGCUUGAAGUUCUAGAUAGAUGGACUGACUUUACUAUUCGGUUCAUUCAGUGCACAAUGGCAAAAGGUGAAACAUGUUACUGAAUUUAAAUAUUGUUAAGUGUCGUCACCCAGCUUGGGAUGCUGCUUCUGUUCAGAAAACCUGAAGCUUGAAAUUAUGUGGAUGCUAAAUACUAGACAGAUGAUUUUAUGCACUGCUUAUGCUGGUUUUUAAAAAUCAACAUCUGUUUUAUAAAUGGAGAGGUGGUUUUCAUGUGCAAAACAUUGGCAGUCUAGUUUUGCUUGCAAGCCUACUUAUUUCAGAUGUAGUUUUAAAUAUUAACCACUAGAUGCAGUUGUUUACAUCUGAGAGUGAUGCCUUAUUUAGGCUUAUAAUUAUUUUUUAAGGAUUACAUUGCAUUUGUAAUGCAUCUCUUUCAAUGUUCCAUUAGUCAUUUUUUCUAUAAUUUGCCUCUAAUUCUGAAAGGCACUGGAAACUAAUACAUAUCUGUAUUUCCAAAUAAUUUGGUCUUUUCCUAUCUCUGCCUGAAAUGUCUUCAGUUACAUACUAGGUAUGUAAUAAAGUUACUUUAUAAUACAGAGCUUGCUCUAAAUGUACCAGUCAGGUGCCUUCAGCUUGCUUAAAGACAUAACUGUUGCCUUUUGGGAACAAAGUGCAUUAUUUUAAAUGAGUAUCAUGAACGAUAAAAACAAGUCUCAUGUGUGAGCAAUUGUGUCAAGUCUACCAAGAAACACUACCCAUUACUGGGGAAGGAGUUACCUUGAUUAGGUUUGUUACUUUACAUUAUGACACAAUUUAAAAAGUAUGAUACAAAUAUGGUGCAUUUUAAAUAGUUUGAUAUAAAGUCACAUGAUAUUGUAUUAUUGUUUUAAUAAUUUGUUAGCUGCCUCGGAGGUUUUUAAUGACAGAAAGGUGAUACAUAUAUAUCUUAAUAUAAAUAAAAUGUGAUUUUUAUAACCAGA